UCCAAAGAAAGUCCCUCACAGGCCAGACAGAUUGUAAGUGCAAACUGUGUAAUGAUAAAUGAAUUAUUAUUAGUCAUGAAGUCAACAUAAUUACCUGUGCUUGCUGUAGCUGAACAUUUGUUUGUGUGGAUAAAUAGAUGAACCUUGUGCACACCUACAGAAUGGAACAUCAAAUGCCCAUCCCCCUAAAUCAAGGAUGAAGCCAGGCAACAGACAAAACACAUCAUUUUCCCAUUCUUGAUUUUUGGGGAGGGGGGGUAUAAAUUUCCCAUCUAUUUUGUCCAAGAUUGACAGAUACUAUACUUUAAACUGAUUGGGUUUGAAUCGGCUGAAAAGCAAACUUUGUCACCUGAAUAAGCAUGCAAUCUGCAAUUUUUGUAAAAGGAAAGCCUGCAAAAUAUCCAGGCUUUGUGAAUGGGACUCAAACCCAUGACCUCUGUGAUACUGGUGUAGUACUGGUGUAAGCUAAUAAGCGGACUGAGAGCUUGUCAGUGAGAUGGUUCGUUUUAAACCCACGAAAGGAUAAGUGAUGAAUAUGAAAAUCAUAUACCAGUAUUUAGAACUAACUGUUGUUAUUUGACCUUGUUUUUUUUUAGGCCCAGAAAGCAAUUCUUGACCAGGAGCUUGACCUGAUAACACAUCAGAAUACUGGGGAAGACACGACAGAACUGAAGAAAAAAGUUGAAGAACUAAAGCAAGAGGUAGUUACUUGAGAUACAUUCAAUCUGUCUGGUGCAUCAUUUUUAGCGUUUUGAUAGAUGUGAAAUAUUAUGUGCAAAUUCUCUAUUGUAACAUUUUCUCACAUCUGUAUUAAAUGAAAUGAUGAAUAUAUGAUUGAAUUUCACAUGGUUCAAUGUUAAUUUUGUUGAUCAGCAGUGUUCAUCAACUUUUAAACAAUGUAUUGUGGUACAUGGUACGUUGAACUGGGCCAUUAAACAUUGUAAUGCUGAUGAAUGAGAAUGCGGCUGUAGUAAAUAAAGAUGGACUUUAUUUUAGCAAUUACACCCCAACAGUGCUUGUAGUUGUUAAUCAAAGAAUGUUUAAAUUUGUUAAACCCAGUGUGUUUGGCUUUAAGUAGUUCACAGCAGGAAUAUAUCUACAAUACUUGUCAAAAAUCUUGAAACACAUGUGCGUUUCCCCUUCUCCAAUUUUGAUUUGGGUAUUACAGCCGCCUCACUGCCCCAAAAUGUGUGUGGCUCAACAUUGGGGAAGGGGAGGGGCACAUUUGAGUGAGAACAAAAGUGUGAAGAGUGAGUAAUAAAUUUUAGAGAAAAUUCAAGAGAAGCAGUGUCUGUUUCAUUGAUUUGUGAGGAGUAUUGUAGUUACUGACCAUGCACGCUUUUUAGGCAAAAUCUCUUGGCUUACUGGAUCCACCCACAAAGGGACGAGGAAGAGGAGUUGUAAGAGGACGUGGCAGAGGAACACCAGUGAGAAGCAGACCACUUCCAAGAACAACACGGGUGUGGACAAGAGACAGUGCUUCAUUAGACCAUCGACCGAGGCGGAUCAGUGUUGGAGAAAUAACAACUGAACAGAAGGAAGAUAUUACAGAGCACUUUAAAGUAAGUACUAUGACGUUUUCUUUUUGCUACUUUUCAAAGCUGAAAUGAAUCUAUUUUGCUCAGGAGUAUAACCAAUUGUCAAUGGUGAAAGAAGGGCACAUCUCACUUGUCCCAAAGAUGGCCUUUAAUUUACAUUCAGGACUUAAUCCCUCAAGGUUACUGACUAUUGAAGUAAUAAUGUCCAAAACGAAACACAGGUUUCAUCCAAUGUCAUCUCACCAAAAAUAUCAAUAUCAAACUCAAGAGUGUUUCAUGUUAUAUUCAGACACUGAGAAGUGGUUUGAAAAAAGGGUUUUGCAAGACCCACUUUGAGGAUUCUGGAUAUUGGAUGAAAUACUGCGUGGAAUUUAAUACAAAAAUGUAUAGCUUCUCUCACAAACAAGACGAUUUGAAGAAAUUCAACAAUUAAGUUCACGAAAUCAUAUAGGAGUUGCCUCUGAUAUCCAAAACAAUGUCAAAGUAGUGAUUUCCUUGGUUUGUUAUCGUGGAUUACUUUUUGAGAAUCAAGCUCAUUUGUGGCCUUUGAUUUACAUUUGAAUUUAUUAGAUUUGAUUUCUUCCUGUCCUAGUUCCCUUAUGUAUUGAGACUGAGAAUUCAUGAAGCUGCAGCCAAUGAAAGUUUGAUUUAUUAGAAUAAAUAAAGAUCGGGAAUUUACACGAAGCUAAAUGUAAUUUAGGCUAAGUUAAACAGGGAACCAUGGUGGCCAGCAGUUUUUCUCCAGAGUUGGAUGCAGGGUGACCAGGUUUAAUGCUGUGAUGCAGUGCAAUGGGCCAAGAAGAAUGUUACGAUGGAGCUUUUGUAGUCACUAAAAAGUUAUGUUUGUACAUUAAUAGUUGCCUUUUUGUUUUCUUCCUCUAGGAAUUCGGUAUUGUUGACAAUGAAGAAUAUAUUGAUGAUAAGGAAACUCUCAACUUGACUUUUAGGACAAGAAAAGAAGCCGAAAUUGUAAGAAUAAUGGGCAUUAUCCAUUUGGUCAAUGUUUAUUUCUAGUGUCUAUCGCUCUUAUGUCCCACCCAUUUCCUCCCUCCUUUCUUUAUUUGGGUUUACUUUGUAUUGCAUCAACUUAUAAAGAUUUCCGGGUGAUAGCAGUGCAGUGGGGCACAUGGCAUUGAGAAAUCCAUGUUUUGAUUUUUUUUGUUGAGUUGUGAACUGUGAGUAGUCUCCAAUUCUCCCCCAAACUCCGGGCUGUUUUCUAGAAGAGCCCAGUGGCCCCUGGCGCCUAACUUUUUCUUUUGGGCCACAAGAAAAUCUUAGUUUUUUCAUGCAAAACAUAUGCUGGGUACCCUAGAUUUUACAGGUUCAGAGCACUGGGCUCCCUUCAGUGUUCCUUAGUGCACAGCCUUGAAACUUAGUUGAGUUGUAACGUGUGAAUGGUGAGCAGCUACUCCCCUGUCCUAACAUUCAGUUACACACAAGGCCAUUUUUUAUCUCCCCUUUUUACUGGACAGAUUAAGAAAGAGAGAUUACUUGUAGUCCAGUUGAAUUGGGAAAUCCAUAAAAGGAUUUGACAGCGGGCCUUUUUCUAUUAACUAUACCGUACGGUAUAAAAUUUAGUUUUGAAGAUUUGCAGUUAUUAAUCGAUAUUGUUUUAUACUGUCACUGGCUUUUCAAUCAGAGCUUUAUACAAGAAUUUUAUUAUUUUUAGGCCUUCAAUAAAGGCAAGACAUUCAAAGGCAGAGCCUUGAAGGUUUCUUGGUAUCGACCUCCAUUGACGCCUACAUCACCAGCAACAGCAGUACCAACUACACCGACGACUCCUACAGUGCUCAAGAAAGUAGAGGAAGAGUUAGGACUGGAUAUUGAUGCUGAACUGGUGAGAACUCUAUGAAAUAUAAACGUUUUGUGUAUGUGUUGUGGUGUCCUAAACGGAGUUCUAAAGUGAUAACGUUAUAAAAAUUAAAAUUUGAAAUUAUGGGAUUUGUCAGGAUAGCCUGAAAGAACAACAUCCAAGAGGCCUACUUGCCAAAAACUAGCAUUGUGGGGCAAAUUGUCUCUGAGAUAUUAGCCCAGUUAUGCUCUGAUGACUCCCUGCAAGUCCUUUUAAAUUUGACUUGGGUCACAACGUUAUGACCCGAGUCAAAUUUAUCUAUUUGUAAAUCCCAUAUCAGUGCGCAUGCCCAUUGAUUAUCCCAUCUUUUAGUAAUAUGAUUUAGAGAGUAAGGCUUUCUUGUUUGGGAGCCUUUCAGAACUCUUUUGUUUUGCUGUUAGACAACGGUUUAUUUCAGAACAAUUCAUUUUCUUUUUGUUUUUUUAGGGAAAACAUGAAUUUGAUGCGGAUGCAGACGAAGCUUUGCUUCUUGGAGAAGAUUUUGAUGAAGAGGAUGAAGAAGAAGAUGAACGAUCGUGGAAAAGAUAGUUACAACUAUUGUUUAAGUUGAUACGGCCAAACUGAGUCGAAGCAUUGUAAAAUAAUUGUCAUGAUUUAACUGUUUCAGACUUGUAACUAAAGUGAGCUUAGCUUUCUGUAACAUUGUAACAUCAAGCGUUAACUUCAGUGUAUUCCAAUCGUCUUUGAAAGAGCAAGAUUUCUUGUGUGCAUUUCGUCUGAAACGCACUGUCAUCGCUCUCCAACGUCAAAGGCUAAGAGAUCAUACCCAUCUCAAUGUUUUAUUGAAAAAUACUUGUCUUUGACCUAGUUUAGGUUUUACUGUCUGUUGUAUUAAUUUUAUAGUACUAUAAGUUAAGUUGUAGUGAAUACUUCUUUGUAUUUUUGUGAAGGCCUGAGGAUGCAAAAAAAUGAAAGUGAUGCUUAAAAAAGAUAUCAGUGGAAAAGAAAAGCAGAAAAAUAUUGAAAGUAAAAAAAUGACUUCAGAUUCACAAUAAAAAAUACUUCACAUUUGAAAAGAUUAAAGAAAACAACAACAACA